UCAUCUGAUCCUCAUGCUCACAGCUUUGCUUGCACCUGUCUUUCCUCUGGGACCCCCAGCUGACCCAGCUGGCCCCAGAAAGCCCCAGCCAGAGUUUCUUCCCCUUUAUCUCUUCCUGAAACUCUUCCACCCCUUCUCUCUUGCAGAUUCUUGCUAAAAACGACCCUACCCAGAAAGGCUUCCCCGACCGCUCUGUGAUAAGUAGCACAUGGGCAUCAUAGCUCCAGGACCUUGAACUCACAACUCAGUCUUUCUUUGGCUCAUGCUCUGGACUUGCACAGGUCUUGCUCCAUGAGGGUGGCAGCUCCAUCUUCGCACACCUGCCAGGACCCAACCCUCUGGGUUCAUUCAUGCUCCGUCCUCACUCCUCUUCAUGUUACAGAACACUCUGCUGGGCAGCCUUGUGGUCUUCACCAGCCUCUUGGUGUUGUGCAACACGCAGUGCUAUGUCAAACUCUACGACAAGAACCCGGAGGAUCCCCCUGAUGAAUGCAGGGACCUUGAUGGAGUCACACACAAGCUGAACGUGGAGUGGAAGACUGAGAACUGUUACACAUGUAGUUGUGAUGAGACUGGAAUUCAUUGCUGCAACACUGCUGCCAUCCCCGGAGGUUUUGAUACCACAAAGUGCAAGACGAUCUUCCACAAGAACACUUGCAGCUACUCCGUGGUGGAGCUGGAGAACCCGGACAAGGAAUGUCCAGUCAGCUCGUGGAUCCUGUGAAGAGCUAGCGGGCCCAGGUCCUCCCGCGGGCCCGGACAGCCCGAUGUACAGCCCUGCUUAUCAGUAAAGCAUGUGUGGAGCAAU